CUUUCUUUUCGUUGCCGGGUCCAGAACUGGGGGGAGACUACAUGGAUUGGUGGGCUUCGUUGGCAGCGAGUCUUGCCCUGCUAUGGAUCUUCUGCUUCAUAGACGGUAAGAGAAAUAGUUAGAGGUAGGAUAGUGAUAUUUGUAGAAGAAUAAGAGUAUUUUACUUUGUGUAGUCUGUAUAUUUUAUACUCACAGUCCUGCUGAAAAUUCACCCAAUAAUAAUAAUAAUAAGAAGAAGAAGAAUCUCACAAACAUGGCAUCGCUGAGAUAUUCCAUGAAAUCAGGGUCUGAAGUGUACAAUUCCCAAAGUGAAAUCUAUUCCACUUCCUUAAACCACACACUUCCUUGUAGAGUCAUGCCUUUUAACCUGCGGAGUAAAUCUCUAAAAUAAGACUUAUCUUUGUCGUAUAUUCUUCACUGUGAGAGUGUUUUGGGUGGAACUAGUUUGAAAUGGGCUUUCAGUAUCUUUGUUAUGUUUGUAUUACGGAUCAGAGGUCCUGUGCCGAGGGGCACGCGUAAUGGCAUACCAAGCCACCUAUUUCGCGUGCCUACAGGUGAUAGAUGCUGCCCGCAUUGCAAGUGAACAGACUUUAAUCCAGUGGCAGACGCUGUUAGUAAUGGUUGCUGACAUUAGCCACUGUGUUAAUAAGACUCCAGCUGACCCCGUUACCCUCUUAUCUCCAGGCAAUGCCGUGCUUGAGCUGCGCCUGCUCUUCCAUGCUCUGACCAAAGCCGCUUGCCACCUGUACCUGGCCCUGCUCCCGCUGCGCCGAGCGGCCACCCACUUCAUAGACUGUGUGAGGUACAUGGUCAACCAUGCCCAGCGAGGCUCGUCUUCGCAGGGAUACCCGGUCCAAACCCAGCCCUUUGUCCGCAAAGGCACUCUGCACUUCCUGGAGGGUCUGUGUGUGGUAUGUGAAACCGUGCCCAACCUGAUGGGUGCCGCGCUCAGCGUUGGCGCAGCUUUCUGCCACAUGCUGCAAGGAGGUUUCUACGUCCUGGCGGCCACCCUGCGCACCAUCCAGAUGAACCUGUUCUCCCAAAUGAACGGCGAGAAGGACAGGUGGGACAAAGAGCGACUCCGAGCCAAAGAGAGCGAGAAAAGGCUCAACUCCAAGGUGCUGGAAUACAUCUCAGUUUUCUGCCAAGACCCUGUCAGCGCUUUACGCAUCAAAGUAGACGUACCCCCUGUGUAUAGAUAAUAUUUGUUUACCAAACUACUGCUAACUUGGCACAUAAGAGGCCUUCUUCUAUCUUCAGAGGGGAUCCAGAUGCUGCAGACAGGACGGGAGGUUGAACUUUGAUCACUGUUUUCUCACUGACAGUGUUUGAGGGGAUAGUUUCACCUGAAUCAGAGAAAUAUGCAGUUCAUUAAAAAAAUGACUCAUUGGUGCAUUUCAGUGUAUUUGUUUUACAUUCAUUAAAAUGUAAGAGUUUAAAUAAAUGUCUCACACAAAUGAAACUUAA